CAUUUUCUUGUACUGUAGCGGUCGUCGAGGGAGUCGACAUUUUGUUAGCUUCUUAGCAAAAUAAACUGAGUCUUAGGGCAAUUUUGUUGUUAUCUAAGCGGCUCUCUGUCGCCUAACAGUUACCGGCUGUUAUCAUGUGGUAUGAAAUUCUGCCCGGCUUCGCCGUCAUGACCGUGUGUUUGAUUAUUCCUGGCGUCGCCACCGCACAGAUCCACAAGUUUACCAACGGAGGAAAGGAAAAGAGAAUCGCUCGGUAUCCGUGGCAGUGGUAUCUGAUGGAGAGAGACAAGCGAGUGUCGGGAUCAGGACAACACGUUGACUCCAAGGGACUCGAGAACAUCCACUGAUGACAAAGAAUAUGAAGACCCUGAUGAGAAGAAAGUUGUACAUUAAAAGAUUAUAUUUAACAUUCAGCUGUUUGUUUUCAGUCUUUUAAGGCAAUCCUCCUUGUUAUCAAAUAAACUGUUCCACACUGGAAACCUUC